UGGCGUGCAGUCAAACUCUCUGGGGCUGAAUUGAAAAAGUCCACGAUUACAUCAUGAUCCCAGGCCUCUCUGUGGGCGAACACCGGACACCAACCUGUCAACUCGUCCUUGGGUUCCCCACAGCCCUCACUCAUUGCGCAUCCAUCUCCUUUACCUAUCUCCAUCAACUUCCGGAUUAGUGCUCCGCCCAAUUACUGCGAAGCACAUUCCGAACGCAUCCACCUCCAACGACAUCACUUCCAGCCACGGUUGAGAACAGGACGCGUGCAUUCCCUUCACGCCAAUGCCCCGCUACACAGGAGGCCCGGCUUGACUCGUGAUGGCAUGAGCAGCCAUGCCCAAGAUCAGGCAUCACCGUUCUUCGCGUCGCGCACCACCUCCUAAAGACAGCGAUUUUGAUCACGAAAUAAACCUAGUCGAUCGAGAUGAGGAGGAGAGCCCCCUUAGGUCCUCACUGGGCGGCCCGUCGACCCAGGGCGAAACUACAGCCACCGCCACAGAGUCCCAAGUGGAUGAUGGAGAGGAUGGGAUCAGCGGGGAAGUGACGGGGCGGGAAGAUGCAGGGCAGCCUUCUGUCGUAGUAGAGGGACCGACGCCGCAGGUAGAGCUUGGCGAUCCCGUGUCAAAGAUACAAACCACAAAACACCACGCCAAGCCCAAGACACCUGAAUCGGCGGUCGACAUCUUGUACGAAAACCAACGAGGCGGGUUUCUCUGCGGCAUGCCACUCUUUUCCUCUAUGGCUCUUGGCAACCUCGACCCCCCCGCAUGGACCAACUUCGCCCACAGGCCCAGUCCAACCAAUAUAAACACGGCACAAGUGCCCGAUCCCAGCUGGGAAUGGGCUUGGCCAGAAUGGCGCAUCAACCACGACGAGGGCGUGGACGAGGACGGCUGGGAAUACUCCUUUGCGUUUUCUAAGAAAUUCGCGUGGCAUAAGGCGCGGUGGUGGAACUCGUUCGUCCGUCGGCGGGCGUGGAUCAGGAAACGGGUGAGGAAGGACGCAGGCUAUCUCGCACAGGGCCCGCACAUGCUCAAUCCCGAAUAUUUUACGAUUCGGCCAUCUUCCGAAACAGCUCGGGACGGCAGCCCUAGCAGGGCCUCCAGUGUCCGUGGUAGUAGAGUAAGCAUGAGCACGGUCAACUUGGAGGGCGUCGAGCCACCCGUCAUUGAGCACGCCGACGGGCUCUUGCACGUUCUCCGCGUGUCCCGGAUUGACAGGGAGAAGAUCGAAGCCGUCGAUAACUACCUCGAAAACUCCCAGGAGAACUUGGAAGGGCUGCAAUCAAUCAUGCACGAUAUCAUGGCCCUCUUUGUCUUUCAAGCAUCGCGUCGGGUCCUCUUGAGCAAGUUGACCGAUAUUUACGACAUGACCCUUGCGGAGCACAAGAAGGAGAAGGACCCAAGCCCGGAUCUGGAUCAAAGAGUCAAGAACCUCGCCGCGGCCGUCACACAUGCAGACGAAGAGGUGAAAAGGCUGGAGUAUUGGAGCGAUGCGAAGGACAUAGCCGAGGAAGGGGGCUCGAAGGGUGCUGUUGAUCAAGAGCAGGGCUGGGAUUCCACCUGGCGAGGGGUGGACAGGUCCGGCCCAUCAGGGCCUCCCGCUCCUAAAGACGAAACUAAGAAGGGAGGUGUAAAUAACCUUCACGAGGACGGAGCAUGAUAGCAAGCAUGGUCUACGGAGUACCGUUACGAAAAUAAGUUCAAUAUGGGGUGCUGGAGUCGGGCAGGGAUACCUAGGAUACCCGUAUGUGCAGCUUUCGACAUUUUUAUGCCUCCUUCCUUGCCUCUAUGGGUAUUUGCACCUACUACGUAUAUCGAUACGCCUUCAUCAAGCGAAGGUUGCGUUUUACCGUGUAGAAAGAAGCUCACCCAUGGUUGAGUUGACACUG